AAAGCGAUACCGCCAUCAUCCAACAAUACCACUUGCGACGGCGAGCGCCAUUUCACCCAUGAUCAGUCUCUCACAUCAAAUCUUACGAAUCGCCGAAUUGAAAGUAUCACAAUAAUCUCGCGGCGAUGGCUAGUAUCGAUCGCUAUCGGCCUUCGAGAGAGGCAUAUCAGCCUCCCACGCUCCCGCCGGGUCCUCAACGACCAGACCGGCAAUCCAGAUCCCCCGCCCGUCGUCUUGAUGUGCCGCCUGCAGUUCCAUCUCCCCCGACACAUUCAUCGCGGACCUCGCCUCCGCGGCCCCAUUCUCAGCGAGACACGCGUUCGCCACAGCGGUCCAGGGCGCAAACACCAGGACCUCCGCCCAAUCAGUGGUACUUCACCCCCGACGAGACCUUGAGCACACCGAGUAUUCUAGAUGGCAUUUCACCGGCAGAGGAGCGCCUACGACGCGCGAAGGGAGUCAACUUCAUAUACCAGGCCGGAGUUCUUCUCGACCUGCCCCAAAUCACCCUUUGGGUUGCAGGUGUCUUCUUCCACCGGUUCUACAUGCGAUACAGUAUGGUUGAAGAGAAGAACGGCAUCCACCACUACGCACAAUCCGCACUUCCAAGGUCCAAACGAGGGACCCAAAAGGCUCAAGCCGAACCAAUGCUGACGGAAUCGGUUGAACAGAACAUUGCAGCUACUGCGCUCUUUCUCGCGAACAAGACAGAAGAAAACUGUCGGAAGACGAAGGAAAUCAUCAUUACAGUGGCAAAGGUGGCCCAAAAGAACCCCAAGCUAAUGAUAGAUGAGAUGAGCAAGGAGUACUGGCGGUGGAGAGACAGCAUUCUCAUGUACGAGGAGUUGAUGCUCGAGUACCUCACAUUUGACCUUAUGGUGGAAAACCCUUACCAGCGUCUCUUCGAGCUUCUCGGCCAACUCGAAAUUGUUCACAACAAGCAUCUAAGGCAGUCAGCCUGGGCGUUCUGCAGCGACGCUUGCCUUACCUCCAUCCCUCUACUGCUCGAAGCACGCGACGUUGCCAUCAGUGCCAUCUUCUUUGCCAGUAUACAUACACAGCAGAAGAUCGAAGACGUCAACGGCGAACCGUGGUGGAGGGCAUUGAAAGGAAACGAAGACAAGUGUGCCAAGGCCAUCGACAUUGUCCGACAGUUCUACACAGAGAACCCGCUCCGUAAACAGAACCCGUCACUGCCAUCACCAGCCUUUGACCUGGCCAAUACUAGACAGCCGAGGGACCCGAUGAGUCAGGACGCUCUCUCGUCUACAGCAGGCACGCCUUUUGAGCUGGAUAGAGGGACACAGAGCCCAAGAGCUAGGGCUAAUGGCCGCGACGACGUCACUAACACUGAGUCUGGCUCGCAGGCCACGCUUAAGGAGCCAGAAAGAGCGAAUGGCAAUAGUCUGGCGUCCCCAGGAAAGAGGAAAGAAGUCGACUCGGAUUCUGAGGGCAGAGAACAGAAGCGGGCACGACUGUCCGAUGAAGAUGAAGGGGAGGUUUUGGACUAGGAGCUCUAGCCUGCAACAUUAUAAUAAUUCUACGGACCACGGGCAUCGGAGGUCUAUCGCAUUCUACGGCGUGUAUUCAGACACAAGGGUCGACAGGCGCAAGGCGACGCUUAUGUACCAUAGUGGUCACUCAAGGGGACUUCAAGCGCAGGCAUCUUGGAUUGCGCAAGAGUCACAGCACGCUUUCACAGAGUAACGGCGUUCCAGGGGUGGUAGUUUGGCAGAGGUCAUGGCGCAAGCGAUGCUUUGCAAAGGUAGGGAAUACCUUAGCAGUGAUUACAAUUCAUAGCGAAUUCAUCCUAA